CGAAUGACAAGUAGAGGUUAAGUUAACAUUGCCUUCUAAUGUUGAUGUUCAAGCAAAAGUAGACCCUUGAGGCUUUGGCUAACUUAAAAGUAACUUUUCGCGUACUUCAUCCUUUCUUUUGGCACUAUUGAAAGCAUAGUGUGCUUUAGUCUGUGGAAAUAAAAGUUGAACAAAAUAUAAGCUCUCCACUGAGGAAUGUGUAGCAUUUCAUGUCAGGGCAAAUAAACAUGUACGCUGGCAGAGGUUGGACACUAAAAGUAACAGAAGCGGGGAUAGGUUAUUAAGGAAGUCUCCAGACGAGAGGGAGGUGACUGAGGAGACCUUUGGGUUAUCCUCACAGUCUUGAGAAUGUGAGGGCAGACACUAGUGUUGUCUAAGGGCUAGGUGUAUAUGUCACAGUGACUGGCCAAAGGGGAAGGUGGAGGCUCUCCCCAGGAGACCUAGCAGGAGUAAGGGUGUGGGUCCCAGCUUCUGUGCUGGACCUGUAUUGUGAACUGCAACGGAUCUAGUGAGCAGAGAUACAGACUUGAGAGGCAUCAUCAUCUAGGAGUUAUUAAAGCUGUAGGAGUGGACAGACAGCAAAGAAUAUGCCGAGUGCGCGCUCUGUGAUAGAUAAGCCCGUGCAAUGGAGGGGCUACUGCACUACAUCAACCCAGCACACGCCAUCUCCCUGCUUAGCGCCCUCAACGAGGAGCGCCUCAAAGGACAGCUGUGCGACGUGCUCCUGAUUGUCGGGGACCAGAAGUUUCGAGCCCACAAGAAUGUGUUGGCUGCUAGCAGCGAGUACUUUCAGAGCUUAUUCACAAAUAAGGAGAACGAGUCACAAACCGUCUUUCAGCUUGACUUCUGUGAGCCAGAUACUUUCGACAACGUCCUGAACUACAUUUACUCCUCAUCCUUGUUUGUGGAGAAGGGCAGCCUCGCCGCCGUGCAGGAGCUGGGGUACAGCCUGGGCAUCUCCUUCCUGACCAACAUCGUCUCCAAAGCCCCGCAGGCACCCUUCCCGCUGUGUCCCAGCAGGAAGAGAGUGUCUGCAGACGAGGAUGAGGCCGGCUCUCAGAAGCGCAGCGUCAUUGUUUGCCAGGGCAGGAGUGAAGCGCCCGGGAAAGCCGUGGGUCUAAACCCCGCCGACCUCAGCCCCACUUCCCGGCUGUCCCCCAGCAUCACAGGCAAGAACGGCGCCAGCAAGCCGCACAGCCUGAAGCCUGCAGAACCGCUCCCCAGUCUGUCUGUGCCUGAAAAGAGCUGGCCGAAAGACGGCACCUCGGGGUUUGCAAAGACCCUGGAGCAUCCUGCAGAGGACCCGAGUAGGAGCAGUUUGGUGAAGAGAAAUGCAGCACAGCCCUCCAAGCCCCCGCAUGACAGGGAGGCCGUGGAUGACAGGCCAGUGGGGAGCGGUCAGCUUCCAAAGGGUAAAGCUAUAGAACUGGCCCUGAAAAGGCCACGGCCGCCAGUCCUGUCCCUUCGCAGCUCCUCGGAGACACCCUAUCUUUUAAAGGAAACUAGCAAGGGAGGAGGUCAAGGUGAGGAGAGAAACUUGCUGUACUACUCCAAGCUGGGCUUGGUGAUCCCAUCCAGCGGGUCUGGGUCCGGAAACCAAAGCAUUGACAGAAGCGGGCCUCUUGUGAAGAGCCUCCUCCGACGGUCCCUGUCCAUGGACAGCCAGGUCCCUGUCUAUUCCCCCUCCAUAGACCUGAAAUCCCCCCAGGGCUCGGCCGCUGCAUCCAAGGACGUGCCAGGCAGUAUUUUCUGUGCUUUAUCUCAGAAAGCUUCUUUAAAAGACGGCGGUGAAAGAAAAGCAGCCCCGGACGAGCGGCCACCAGUGCCACAGCCGCACCGCCUCCGGUCCUUCAGUGCGUCUCAGUCCACAGAGCGGGAGGGCGCCGCCCCGGGGACCGCGGUGCACAUCAAGACCGAGCCCAGCAGCCCCCUGUCCGACCCCUCGGACAUCAUCCGAGUCACCGUGGGUGAUGCGGCGGCCGCGGCCACAAGAGAUUUGCCUCUGAAAACCGAGGAGGACCCGAAGGACAUGAGCAGGCUCCCGGCCAAGAGGAGGUUCCAGGCAGACAGAAGGUCGCCCUUCAAGAAGGCAAAGGUCAAUGAGCACAGACCCGCCGCAGCCUCGGAUGACAACUUCGAGGACGGCCCGAGCCCUCCUCCCCUCGACGGCGAGUGCCCAGAUUCUGACUUGAACAAAGACGAAUUUGGUGAGUUGGAGGGGACGAGACCAAACAAAAAGUUUAAAUGCAAACAUUGCCUUAAAAUCUUUAGAUCAACAGCAGGCCUUCACCGCCACGCUAACAUGUACCAUAACCCAGAGAAGCCCUACGCUUGUGACAUCUGUCACAAGAGGUUUCACACCAACUUCAAAGUGUGGACACACUGUCAGACCCAGCACGGCAUAGUGAAGAACCCGUCCCCAGCCGCGAGCUCCCACGCGGUUUUGGAUGAGAAAUUCCAAAGAAAGCUGAUUGACAUAGUGAGAGAGAGGGAGAUUAAGAAGGCCCUGAUCAUUAAGCUGAGGCGCGGCAAGCCUGGCUUUCAGGGCCAGAGCGGCUCCCCAGCGCAGCAAGUCGUCAAGAGGAACUUGCGCUCGCGAGCCAAAGGCGCGUACGUUUGUGCUUACUGUGGAAAGGCGUAUCGCUUUCUCUCUCAGUUUAAGCAGCACAUAAAAAUGCACCCGGGAGAAAGAGCCCUCGGAGUAAAUAAAGUUGCUAAGCCAAAAGAGCAUGCUCCUCUGGCCAGCGCGGCAGAGAGCAAGGAGCUUUUCCCGUGCCGCCUCUGUAAUGCUAAGCUCUCUUCUCUUCUAGAGCAAGGCAGCCACGAGCGCUUAUGCCGGAACGCCACCGUUUGCCCUUACUGCAGCCUCAGGUUCUUCUCGCCCGGCCUGAAGCAGGAGCACGAGGACAGGUGUGAGUACAAGAAGCUGACCUGUCUGGAGUGCAUGCGCACCUUCAAGUCCUCCUUCAGCAUCUGGCGGCACCAGGUGGAGGUGCACAACCAGAACAGCAUGGCCCCUGCCGAGAGCCUCUCGCCGCCCGCGCUGGACCACAAUGGUGAGCUGCCGGCUGCUUCCCGGCCCCAAACCCAGCCUGAGCCCAGUAAGGUGAACCAUGUCGCUGCACCGCCCAAGGAGGAGACCGCGUUCAGCGACUCUUCGGAGCAAGUGAACUUCGACUCGGAGGACUCCUCCUGCCUCCCCGAAGACCUCAGCAUCUCCAAGCCGCUGAAAAUCCAGGUGAAGGAGGAGCCCUCGGAGGAGGCCGAGGAGGAGGCUCCCGAGGCCAGCGCGGCCCCCCGGGACUCGGGCCCCGGCAGGGAGGCGGGGCUGUGGCCCUGCGAGAAGUGCGGGAAGGCGUUCACGGCGCACAGGCAGCUGGAGCGGCACCAGGAGCUGCUGUGCUCCGUGAAGCCCUUCAUCUGCCACGUGUGCCACAAGGCCUUCCGCACCAACUUCCGCCUCUGGAGCCACUUCCAGUCCCACAUGUCUCAGGCCUCGGAGGAGCCGGCACAGAAGGAGGCGGACGCGGGCCCCGUGCCCACCAGCUCCCCCUCGCCCCCGCCCCUGCCGCCGCCGCCGCCCCUGCCCAAGAUCCAGCCCCUGGAGCCCGACAGCCCCACGGGCCUGCCCGAACACCCGGCCCCGGCCACCGAGAAGCUGUUCGCUCCGCAGGAGUCGGACACCCUCUUCUACCACGCACCGCCCCUGUCAGCGAUCACCUUCAAGAGACAGUUCAUGUGCAAGCUCUGCCACCGGACGUUCAAGACCGCCUUCAGCCUCUGGAGCCACGAGCAGACGCACAGCUGAGGCCGUGCGCCCCGCGGGGACGGCUUGCUUCUAAGAAGAGAGUGAUAAAGGCUGGAAAUGGUUACACUUGAAUGUAGGCUUGAGAUAAACUGGUAAUAAUUAGAAAAGUCCUCAUGCAACUUGAGAGAUAAACUGAAAUACCGCAGCUCCGCCCCUCCCGGCGACUGGGGGGCUUGACUUCGUUCCUGUUGGAAUUGGGUGAAUCUUGCAUGGUUCUUCAUUCUGAGGUGUCAGCAUAAUCGCUUAAUUGAGGUUUUUGUUUUUUUACUCAUUUGUAACUAGUCUUUGGAAUGCUGGCAGAGUACUCCUUCCUUUGAUUAUCUCAGACACCUAAUUCUAGUUCAAUUUUAGCCAUGUUCUUAAGACCAAAAAUAUAUCAGAAAGAAGUGGAGUCAUUGCAGUAUUGAUUUAGAUCUUAAAAUACAUUAGCAAUAAAAAAAUGAUAAACCUCAACUUUAAUAAAUUAUCCUGACACUUGAUAAAAACAAACAUUGGGUAUUUUGUGGUCAUGUAGAACUUUCUUUUUGUAUGAAAAUGGUGAGAAAUUUAAAUCAGCAAUAGGCACACUUACAUUUUUAUAAGAGAACAGACCUCGGCCUUGGUCACUUGGUGUAAGAAUGACGAGUGCUCUGCAAGAAGACAGGGUGGAAAGCGUGGUUCACAGGGCUCUGCCCGCGCUGUCCAGGCCGCUGCUGCCACAGGCGUGCUCUGAGCCCACGUGCGGGCCGUGCGUCCGCCGCACCCGGUCCCGCUUCUCCCCGUGGGAAGGACAGUGUCUAGUGACCUCUGAUUCCUGCUGUCGCACAUUGAAAAGCUGAGUGGAGCUGGGAUAGAAAAGCUAAAGCUGAUGCAUGGCACUCACUCGGAGUCUCGUGUUAGUGCGGCAGCUGAGUGAGGGCGUGUGCUUAGACGGGACAGCCACUCUGCGCCCGAGCCCCUGCUCCCCGAGCCCGAAGAGCGGGGACGCCCUGCAGUGCCGCGGCUGCCCUGAGGACCCAUGCGGCGCCUGCGAGUUCCUGCCGACCUCCUCGCGGCGCGCGCCCUGCAGCCCGUCCCGCCAGCUGUGAGCCACUGCUUGACGCCCCGAACUACACGCGAAAGCACUGACGCAGGGUCCAAAGUUAGCUUUGCUAUUUACCGUGGUCCAGAGGGUUUGGGGGGUUUUCUGUCUUUUGUAUACGUUGUAAUUAAGAGAGUUCUAGAAGGUGUUAUCCAAAGCUCAGCGGGGCAUUUCAAAAGGAAAAACUUACUUCACUUGUGGGAGGGUUAGGUAAAUAAAUAUUGAAACAACAAAAUCCUUUUAAUAUAGGGACACUGAUUAAGACUCCGAGUUUAUACAUUUUUUUAACCAGCUGUUCUUUCAAUUAAAGUCAACUACUGUGAUUAAGAAGUAGUUUUGAAUUUGUGCUCUAGGAGAAAAGAGCUCUACCUGUCACUCUUACUACCAACAUUCCGUACCAGUCGUAAGAAAGACACUCUUUAGUGAGACACAAGCAUUUUUAUAAAUGAAUUGACUUUGUAUAGAAAGUAUAUAUGAAAUUUUGCCUUCUAUCCUUCCACUUGAAAAAACUCAAACACAAAUCCCAAAAUAUUUUAGUACUUACUAUUUUGUUCUUCAGUUUGGUGGAGAAAGGGGAAGUAAGGUUAGGUUGCACUCACUGAUUCUUGCUCUCUCUUUCUUGAAGAGACCUAUGCAUUUAAAAGACGAAACUGGCCUUUCAUGGAGGCGGCGUCAGGGUGGUGGCUGUGCAUGGGCUCACUGCCUGUGCCCCUGGUGUUUCUUGCUCAGAACACCUGGGUCCCUGUCACUUCUUUAAGAGAGCAGUUUCUGUGAUCACCUGCAUGGCCACUGGAGGCUCUCAAAGUCCCGUAACACAUUCUGUCUUGGCAUUGUGCAUUCGGUAUCCCAGGACUUGAACCUUUAUGCUACGUUUUUGAAGGUUUUUUAAAUACUCUUAAUCAGUAAAAAAAUAUUUUUGAUCUAAAUAUAGGCUCUGCAUACCUGUUAGAUUUUAAAAAUUACCGGUGUUUUUGUCUUGUUCACAUUUUUGUCUAGGCAAGAAAUAUAAGAUUUCAAAUAAAAUUUUGAACCAAAAACAUUUAUAAAAGCAGUUCUGGUUUUUCUAUUACUUUUUAUACUGUACUUAAAAGCAGUAGGCUGAAAGAGUUUAUUUUGGUGGUCAACAAAAAAGCUUCCACUGGUGUAACUAUUUUAAAUGUUAAGUAGGAUAAUGAAAGACACAUUAAAUGCUUUUUGUAAAGAAUGUUUAUCUUGGCCAGUAGGCAGAUACUUGGUGUAAAAUAAAUUGGUCUUUCAUCCUUGCAACCCUUUAAAUAGUAAAGAUAUUCUUGUAAAUGUUUUCUUCUGAUUGUAAUUAAUUUUUAAAAAGGUAGAAAAUUCAUUAUUCCUUGUAAGUAUUCAGGAUGCCUGCUUUUUUAUGCAGUUGUGAAAGAAUGUAAAAUGUUUUAAUAUAUUCUGUUAACCUGA